AUAUCUCAACGACCCGCAUCAUGAAAUCUCACCCUUCAAAAUAAAAUCAGUAAAUCCAAAGCUCUCUGUUUCUCUCUCCCUUCCACCGCUUCCUUCAUUUCUUGUUCAACAAGAAUGACUCUCAAUGGCUCUCCAACUCCUCUUAGAAGAUUGGAAGGGAAGGUGGCGAUCAUUACCGGGGGCGCAAGCGGGAUCGGAGCCAGUGCAGUGCGAAUUUUCCAUCAAAAUGGAGCGAAAGUGAUAAUUGCCGAUAUCCAAGACGAAGUCGGCCAAAAAAUCGCUGACGGACUCGGUGAAGAUGUAAGCUAUAUCCAUUGCGAUGUAUCAAAGGAAGAAGACGUCAGAAAUCUGGUAGAUGCCGCCGUGGACCGGCAUGGCAAGCUCGACAUCAUGUACAGCAACGCCGGCGUCAUCGACCGUACCCUUGGCAGCAUAUUGGACGUUACAAAAUCUGACUUGGACAAGGUGUUGGGGGUAAACGUGAUGGGGGCAUUUUGGGGGGCAAAGCAUGCAGCCAAGGUGAUGAUACCCCAAAAGAAUGGGUGCAUUCUAUUCACAAGCAGCGCAACCACCAACAUCUCUGGUAUCUCAACGCACCCAUACACAGCCUCCAAAUGUGCAAUCUUGGGGCUAGUUAGGAACCUAGCCGCCGAGCUCGGCCAACAUGGGAUCAGAGUCAACUGCGUCGCCCCCUUCGCCGUCGCCACUGGGAUUGCAGGACCCUGUGACCCAAUGCAAGAGGAGAUGGUUGAGACCAUGGUCACUAGCUGGGCCAAUCUCAAAGGUCGCGUCCUAAAGGCCGACGACAUAGCCAAGGCUGCACUCUACUUGGCUAGCGAUGAUGCCAACUAUGUCAGCGGCCUCAAUCUGAUGGUCGAUGGAGGCUUCAGUGUAAUCAAUCCUUCCAUGCUGAAAACUCUUAAGCUCAUGGACUGAAAAUGUCCACACUUAUGAGGGUUGUUUCUCUACUAUGAAUUCAAAUACUAUCUUUGUAUUUUAUUCAGUCUUUAUGUAUUUGGUGUAUGAAUGAGAUUUGAAGAAUAAUGAUUGGUUAAUAGAGAAAAAGAAAAGCGAGUUAGAGGGAAAUAAGAUAAAAUAAUUUUCAAGAAAGGGUUCAAUACUCUAGUUUAUAUGGUUUGAGCAUAAUAAUAGAAUCUUUCAAGGAUGUUUCUAAGAA